UAGAUCGAGUUUCGAUAAAUCGCCGCCGCUUUGGCAAUUCAUUCUGCUAGCCGCAUUCAUUUGUUUACAUAUUUUGUGAAUAAAAAAUCCAACUAGAUACUAUUAUUUAACAUGGACGAGUGCGUAAUGGAGAGCAGCUCACCCACUGAAACCAACCCAGAGCUCGGCUUCAACAUGGAGGAUGAGAAAAUGCAAUUGCAAGACCAUCGCGCUUCCGCUGCUGCCGGAGUCACUGCAGAAAGCGGAGACAGGCAGGCGGCAGCCGGCGUUUGUUACUGUGGCAAGGAGCGCAACCUGAAUGUGAUCGAACUGCUAUGCGCAACAUGCUCGCGCUGGAUUCAUGAGACCUGCAUUACCUAUCAGCUGGGAAAGGGCAAGCUCUUGCCUUUCAUCACAAACUACAUAUUUGUGUGCAAAAACUGUUCGGCCACAGGCCUGGAGAGCUUUCGCAAGAACCAAGCGACCAUGACUCAGAUGUUUCAAUGUGCCAUUGCCAAUAUGCAGCAGGCGGCUCUGCGCGAGGGCAGGUCUCAAAUACAGUUUAACAAGGACAAGGAGAUCAUACCUUAUAUUGAACAGUUCUGGGAAGCAAUGACAACGAUGCCUCGUCGUCUGACCCAGACCUGGUACGCGAACGUGCAGCGCUCCCUGGUUAAGGACAUAAACAAUUUAUUUGUCUACGAGGAGCAUGGGGACCAGGGAGCUAUGUAUGGAUUGUUCCACCAGGACUUGCGUCUCAUCAAACCGAACUAUGAGAUUAUGAGCAAAACUGGCGCCUUGCGUCUCACAGAGGACGGCUAUAUACAAGCGACGCUUGCUAAGAACAACAGACAGAAACGCAAAUUUCCUGGCACCGAUGCGGGUCCAACGGGCAAAAAGGGUCGCCCCAGCUCGGAUAUUACGGCCAAUGUAAAGCUACCUCCGCACGGCUAUCCGCUCGAGCAUCCAUUUAACAAGGACGGAUAUCGUUACAUACUUGCGGAGCCGGAUCCGCAUGCCCCAUUCCGCCAGGAGUUCGACGAGAGCUCGGACUGGGCCGGCAAGCCCAUACCUGGUUGGCUCUAUCGCACACUGGUGCCGCAAUCCGUGCUGCUGGCACUGCACGAUCGAGCACCCCAGCUGAAGAUCAGCGAAGAUCGUCUGGCAGUAACUGGAGAGCGAGGUUAUUCGCAAGUGCGCGCGACACACUCUGUGAACCGUGGCUGCUGGUACUAUGAGAUCACCAUUGAGGAGAUGCCCGAGGGCGCUGCCACGCGCGUUGGCUGGGGUCGAGAGUACGGGAAUCUGCAGGCGCCGCUGGGCUACGACAAGUUCGGCUAUUCGUGGCGGUCGCGCAAGGGCACAAGGUUCACUGAGAGCCACGGCAAGCACUACAGCGAAGCUUACGGCGAAGGCGACACACUUGGCUUGCUCAUCGACCUGCCCGAGUUGCCAGAGAUAGACUAUCUGCCCAACACAUUCAAAGACCGCCCUCUGGUGAAGUUCAAGUCCCAUUUGUACUACGAGGACAAGGACAAAAUUACUGAGACCCUGAAGAAUCUGCAGAUCCUGCAAGGCAGUCGCAUCGAGUUCUUCAAGAAUGGCCAGUCGCAGGGAGUCGCAUUCGAGGACAUCUACAUGGGCAGCUACUUUCCGGCCAUUUCGAUACACAAGAGCGCUACAGUCAGCGUGAACUUUGGCCCGGCUUUCAAGUAUCCAGAGGUGUUGGCUAACCGCAAAGCAAAAGGCAUGAAUGAUCGCGUGGAGGAGCUGAUCACAGAGCAGUGCUUAGCAGACAUGCUAUACCUUACGGAAAACGAUGGUCGACUGCGUCUGGACAACAUGAGUCUGUGAAUUGAAGCAGCUUUCAUUGUUAUGCAUG